UCCUCUUUCCCCGCACCGCAUCGCCCCAAUUCGCACCGCGAGUUUCGAAAAACCAAACCAACCAAUCGCGCCUCAGAUCACGCCAGCGAGGGGGAAGCGGGAAGGCAGGAAGCAGGAGCCCAUCCGCAUCCAGCCUCCGCCCUCCGGUCACCCGUCGAUCGAUCGCCCGGUCCAGGGAACAGGGGACUGUCCGGCGGUGGUGGAAGAUGGAGGAGGACCCGCUCAUCCCGCUGGUGCACGUCUGGAACAACGCCGCCUUCGACCACGCCUCCUCGUCCGCGUGGCACGCCCACUCCCCUGCGCGCGCGAGCGCAGGCCGCGAGGUGGAGGGGGACAAGGAGAACCACCGCCCCGACCCCGACCCCGAGCCCGACGUCGAGGCGGAGAUCGGCCACAUCGAGGCGGAGAUCCUGCGCCUGUCCUCCCGCCUCCACCACCUCCGCACCUCCAAGCAGUCGGAACCGUCCAAGCGCGGAGGGGUCGUCGCGCCCGCGGCGAAGGCGGCGCCGCGGCCGCGGACGCGGGGGCUCAGCAUGGGCCCGCUCGACGUCGCCGCUGCCGUCAACCCCAACCCGCUCACCACCGACAAGCAGCAGCAGCAGCAGCCGCGCGCCGCGCAGGCUCCGAAGCCGAUCAAGCAGGCCCCGGCGGCGGCGUCGCGGGGCAGGGGCGUCAGCCUCGGGCCCCUCGACAUCGUCGCCGCGAACCCUAGGGUCCCCUCCGCCGUCGCUGCCACCACUACCGCGCCGCAGAGGAAGAUUCAGGGCGAGGGCGGCGCCGCGCGGCCGAUCCUGAGGCCGAUCAAGGAGCCUCCCGUGCAGCGGCGCAGGGGCGUUAGUCUCGGGCCCUUGGAGAUCCACAACGGCGUCGGCAGCAAGCCCGGGGCGGCGGCGCGGGUCAAGCCCUUCACAAACAAGCUCGGUGCCGUUCGAGAGGAAGGCCAGCGUUCCAAGCAGCACGCCGUCCCCGCCAGACCGUGGCCGUCCAGCAAUGCCAGGCAAGGCACCGCAGCAAGCAGAGCCAAGGCGAGGAGCGGGAGCAUGAGCCCCAGCAGGUCCAGGAGGCAGUCCACUUCCAAGGCUGCCGAGACAAGAGCAGGCAACGCCAAGGCUACAGAGGCGGCGAGGGGAGGGAACGUGGCACCCGUGGUUAGCAAAGUGGCUGAUGAGCUCAAGCCCAAAGGCGUGGUGGUGGUCAAUCACACCAGCAGCAAUGCAGCCACUGCGAAGAGGCCGGCGGGGAGCUCCAAGGUCAGGGUCGUCCCGAGCCGCUACAGCAUCACCCCUGGCUCGUCCCUGGCAGCUGUGUCACAAGACAAGCGGUGCAAGCAGUCCCUCCCUGGACCGGUUAGUGCUACAAGCCAGAGGGAGGAGAUCAGACCAAUGCUCACUGAACCGUCGAAUGGUGAGCUGUCUCCUGGAACAGUUGCCAAGGUUGCAGAGUUGCUCCCAAGGAUCAAGACCAUGCCGCCUUCUGAUGAGAGCCCGCGUGACUCGGGGUGUGCCAAGCGUGUUGCGGAUUUGGUUGGGAAGCGAUCCUUCUUCACGUCCGCAGCAGACGAUGGCAAUCUCGUUACGCCCUACCAGGCACGGGUGGUUGAGCUUGAAUCACCUGAGGAGGAAGCAGCAGCAGAAGCAGAAGCAUGAGAUGUUUGGCUUCGAUCAAUUCCUUCUGACAGCUUGGCUCCCCUUCGUCAUGAGUGUUUGAAGUGCCUGCUUAACUUGAGCUUGCAUCUGGGGUGAGGCCUCUUUUUGCAGUGUGCUACUACAUAAUCUACUGUUACAUUCAUAUCAUAUCUCAUGUCCUAUUUUUUCCCCCUCUUGAGACAUUGCUAGUACUUUUGUGUUGCCUUGUGAAAAGAGAGCGAAAGGUUUGCUCCUGCUGGUGCUCUUGUUUCGAAUUGUAAUAAGUGUGUUCUUGGUUCGAUGAAGUACAGGAUCAUGCUGUGGUUUAUAAUAUGCUUCUCCUCCUA